CCUGCCGGGCCGGAGACGGGCAUGGCCACGGCGGUGCGGAAACCCCGCUGCGCCUCCGCGGUGAGCAGCCUGGCCCGCAGCUGGCAGAGCUGGGCCUCCGAGCACGCGGGCAGGCAGGGGGCCGCCCCCGCCGGCUGGGUGCCCAGCUCCCUGACCCAGGACGGAAGCCACAGGGCGGCGGCCGGUGGGCUGAGGCCCCCUGUGAGCGCCGGGGUGCGGGCAGAGCCCCGGGGCUCCGUGUUCGCUGGCGAGGGGGCCCCCAGCGCUGGAGCGGCCGCCGUGGCAAAGAGCGGCUGUGGGAGCCAGCGGGUCAGGGCCCUCGCAGAGCAGGGGGGGCCCGGAGACGGGGAGCGCUCCCUGGGCGAGUGGUCGCCGGCGUGGGGGCGGGGGGACCGCAGGCUGGGCUCCCGGAGCAGCAGCCUGGACACCCAGGACAGCGGCCUGGGCGAGGAGGGGCUGAGCGACACCGACGCCGAUGGCAGGACAGGGGACAGGCCGCCCAGCCAGACCGGCCAGACCAGGAACAAGGACCGGCCGAAGAUCCAGGUGGUCACUCUCGGGGACCUGAGAAGCAGGUGGCAGGUGUGGUCAGAGCAGCACCUGGAGCAGCAGAAGCUGAACCCCUUCAGCGAGGGGUUCGACUACGUGCACGCCAUGGCCCUGCGGCUGCAGAAGGGCGACGAGGGCUACGGGCGGCCCAAGGAGGGCUCCCGGACGGCCGAGAGAGCCCAGCGCGCCCAGCGCCACAUCCGCCGGGAGAUGGAGGAGAUGUGCUUCAUCAUCAGGGACCUGGGGGCGAGAGGUCCGGACGGUGGGGCUCGGGUCACCUUCGGCCGCCUCUUCGACCGGUACGUGAAGAUCUCGGACAAAGUGGUGGGCAUCCUGCUGCGCUGCCGCAAGCACGGCAUGGUGGCCUUCGAGGGGGAGAUGCUGUGGAAGGGGCGUGACGACAGCGUCAUCAUCACCCUCCUGGGGUGAGCGGACUCGUCCCCUGCUGCUGCAGAAGAGACGUCAGAGACUGUACGAAUACGCCACAAUAACUCUGGGUCUGGCAGAUCCCCUGCUUGAUGAGUAGAAAUCUGUCAUUCUUUAGUGACGUUAUUGCCUUUGGAAAAGGACUGCUAAAUGUAUUCUACUGGAAAAUACUUUGUGUCAUCGAAGGCAUUCAGUCAAAAGUUUGUCGUGCCUCGUGUUUUGUAUUAGCUAAUUCACUCAAUUUCUUUCACAGUGAAAGCAUGUACUGUAAGACUUCUUAGAGAAGGGUGCUUUGUAAAACUGUUGUACUUUGUUGUAAAACUGUUUACAUUCUAAAAAGUGUUGUAUUUGGUCUGUGUUUAAUAGAUUGUGGAUAUUCAAGAAUGAUGGACACUUCUAAAGAUAUUUAUAUAUAUUCAUCAGUGUCCACGGUUGCUCCCGGUUUGUACAUCCUUCUCUUCUCUAACUUUACCAGGAUAACUGAUAACAUGUAGGUUCUCUUUUAUUUGUUAUGUACUCUAUAUAACAAAAAAAUAUUAUUUUAUCACUCAAACAAAAGGUAUAGAAGAUUGAAUGUCAUAUUUCUUACAAGGAAGAUGCGGUGUGUCUUAUACUCCGGCCUUCGGUCUCUGAUCCAGAACAGAUCACUCCCCAGUGUCUGGCCUGGCUCUGAGUGCACCCAGUGAGCUGCUCCCACACCAGCCCCACACUGCCGAGCCCAGGCUCUCCUGAGCCCCUGGCAGGCUGGAGUCGAGUACUAGGAGCUGUCCCGGAGCUGAAGCACACGAGAACAGUUCCAAACGAGAGCAGGCCCUUCAGAGUGCGCCCCCGUCUGACCUCUUUCCCCUCUCACAAACCCUCUGUGCUGACCUGAGAAGAGCAGCACCAGGGACCUGGACGGUACCCUGGAGACACCAGCAGGGACACGCUGCACUCUGACCACAGGCCCUGGGGCCCGGCAGCAUGGUGGGGGAGUGUAAAAUCAGAGGCAAAAGAUACAGAAAAGCUGCCAGUGGGAUCAAUCAACCUUUUUUAUUAACAGUUGUAAUAGUUUAACAACGACACCAAAUUGUGCAUUAUUCAACUGCAACAUCAUUGUAAAUAAUUAAAAUCUACACAUAAUAAAUUAUUCUUAAUACAUCUGUGUGGAAAAAAAGAAAAGAUAAAACUUUGUUGCCGCCCACGGCUCUGUCAGGCCGAGGGCGCUGAAAGCGCUGUGGCCAGUUUCACGCCCGCAGGCGCGACUGAUAUGUACAUUUCAGCAGGAAGGUGGCUUUGUUGGGGACCCCAAGACCCCUAAUACUGGUCACGGACAGAGCCUUUUCCCUGCCGGUUCUACGCGACAGGAGGCCCUCGAUUACAGUGGCCACCCAGGGCACGUGAACAGAGUAAACACGGAGGGGCAAUUUUCAGAAAAGAAAGUGGAUCUUUCUUGCAACUACUGAACCUUCUCCGCACUAUUUGCAGUUCAUUUUUUUUAGAUUCAUUCAUUUAAUAAAAAUAAAAACAUC